AUGUCCACGGCCGACAACAACGACACAAUGGAGCUGGACGAGCCCCAGCAAGAACAACCCGCCACAACAACAACAACAACAACCACCACCUCCUCAACCUACGCCAACACCUCAGCCAUGCAAACGCACACCCGCGCCACGGCCGUCCGCUCGAUCGAAGGCUGGAUCAUCAUGGUGACCAACGUGCACGAGGAGGCCGACGAGGAGGCCAUCCACGACAUGUUUGGGGAGUACGGCGAGAUUAGGAACCUGCAUCUCAACCUGGACAGACGGACGGGUUAUGUCAAGGGCUACGCCUUGAUCGAGUACUCCACCAUUGAGGAAGCAAGAGCCGCCAUUGACGGGGCGCACAACACGCCCCUCUUGGACCAGAACGUCCAAGUUGACUUUGCGUUUGUGAGGCCGCCUCCUGGGAAGGGGAACAACCAGCAGGGCCAUAAUGGGGAGAUUAGAGGAGGUGGGAGAUCUGCUGGAGGAGGUGGUGGUAGGGGGAGGGAUAAUAGGGGGCAGAGGAGUGGGAGGUCGAGGUCGAGGAGUCCGGGGGUGAGGGAUAAUAACAACAGGAGGAGGGAUGACGAUGAGGAGGACUUGUAG